UUGCUGUACUUCUACGCUAGCUUACAAGACAAACAAUCCCUUGUUUUUUAAGAUACGGCACCGCCUUUAGUUCUUCUCGACCAGAAAAGCGGGCGCCUUAUAGUCGUUACCGACAGCUCCCAUCGCUAUCUAAGCUCUUCCUCCCUGCCACGUCUUUGUGCAAUCAACCGGUGAAUAAUCCUAACAGCCUCCGUUUAUAUUCAGAUUAUAACUUCAAUUUUGGAGCGCUAUUGAACAGUGAAGUAAGUCCAGUGGCAGAUUUAUAAGACAGACAACCAACAUCUGUUUUGGUGAGAAUGUCCUUUCUGGGAGAGGCGAUACUAUCGACUGCAGUCAGCCUCCUAAUACACAAAUUAGCUUCUCCAGACUUGCUGAAACUGGCUCGCAAAGCACACGUUCAUAAGGAGUUGAAGAAAUGGGGUAAAAUACUGCACCAGAUUUAUGCAGUGCUUGAUGAUGCAGAGGAGAAGUUAAUAAACAAUCGCCUCCUCAAAUUUUGGCUUGAAGAGCUCCGAGAAUUAGCUUAUGAUGUGGAGGACAUCCUCGAUGUGUUUUCAACUGAGGUUUUACGCCAAAACCUACGAGAAAAGCAAGAGUCAAACUCAAGCAAGUUAUGGUCUGUUUUACACAACUGUUGUGCUGCUUUGAAUCCUAAGAAUCUGGCGUUCAAUUAUAACUGGGAAUCUAGAAUUAAGACAAUUACUGCUAGAUUGGAAGGAAUUGUCAAGCAAAAGGAUGAUCUUGAGCUGUGCGCCAAUAGCAGUCAAAGUAGGAGUGGUGGGUCAUUUAAAAGAUUGCCUAGUACUUCUUUGCUAGAUGAACAGCAUGUUUUUGGUAGGAAAGAGGACCAAGACAGGAUUGUGGAAUUGUUGUUGAGCAGGGAAGAUUGGGAUAAUGGGGUUUGUGUGAUUCCCAUUAUUGGAAUGGGGGGAAUAGGAAAAACUACUCUUGCGCAGCUUGUCUACAAUGAUGAGAGGGUGAUGAGCUUUUUUGAUUUGCGAGCAUGGGUCUAUGUUUCUGAAGAUUUUGAUGUUUCUAGAGUUACAAAAACAAUUCUUGAAGCAAUCACUUUGGAGAGUCUUGAUGCCAAGGAUUUCAAUUUGCUUCAAGUUAGACUGAGGGAUAGGUUGAUGGGGAAGAAAUUUCUGAUAGUGUUGGAUGAUGUUUGGAACGAGAACUAUGAAGCUUGGGCUCUACUUUGCCGUACUUUCAAAGUGAGAUGUCCUAGUAGUAAAAUUAUUGUCACAACUCGUAAUGAAGGUGUUGCUGAUAUUAUGCGUACAGUUCCAAGCCUCCAUUUGGAGGGGCUAUCCUUCAAUGAUUGUCUGUCUCUGUUUGCAAAUCAUGCCUUAGGAAGAAAGGACUUUGAUAGUCAUCCACAUCUGAAGGAGAUCGGUAAGGAAAUUGUUCAGAGGUGUAGAGGAUUGCCAUUGGCUGUAAAAACGCUUGGGGGCCUCUUGCGCACUAAACCUAAUCUUGAUGAAUGGGAAAAUAUAUUGAAUAGUAAGUUAUGGGAUUUACCGGAAGACAAAAGCGGCAUUAUUCCAGCCUUGAGGUUGAGCUACUAUCAUCUUCCCUCACAUUUGAAACAAAUAUUUGCUUUUUGCUCCAUCUUUCCAAAGGGUUAUGGUUUCUACCAGGAUGAACUAGUUUUGCUGUGGAUAUCUGAGGGUUUUUUUCCUCGGCCAGAAGAAAACAAGCAAGUAAAAGACUUGUAUUCUUGUUUUAAUGAAUUAUUAUCACGGUCAUUUUUUCAACGAUCAAGCAGCACAGAACCACAGUUUGUAAUGCAUGAUCUCAUUAGUGAUCUGGCUCAAUAUGCUGCUGGAGAAACAUGUGUUAGUUUAAAUGAUAAGCUGGAGGGUAACAAGCACUAUUCAGUCGCUGAAAAGACUCGCCAUGUAUCAUUCAAUCGUCAUACAUAUGAGAUUUGGAACAGGUUCAAAGACUUGGUUAAACAGAAGCAUUUACGUACUUUAAUUGCAUUGCCAACUCAUCCAUCAUCCUGGGCUGCUUGUUGCUAUUUAAGUGAUACUGUCUUAUAUGAAGCAAUUUCAAAAUUGAGAUGCUUAAGGGUACUAUCGCUUAGUGGUUAUUGUAUUAGUAGGUUACCAAAUUCAAUCAGUGGUUUGAAGCACUUACGAUACCUUAAUUUGUCUUGUAGUAAAAUCGAACAGUUACCUGAAUCUGUGACCACUCUCUUAAAUCUACAGAUCUUGAUAUUAUUUGGGUGCAGGGAGCUCUGUAGGUUGCCCCAAAACAUUGGAGAUCUAAUCAACCUUUGUCAUCUAGAUGUUACGGAUACUUUUAACUUGAAUGUGAUGCCACCGGGAAUAGGAAAUUUGAUUGGUCUUUGGAAAUUGUCUAAGUUCAUUGUUGGGAAAGACAAUGGUUGUGGGAUUAGAGAAUUGAAAGAGUUAAAUAAUCUUGAAGGGAGACUUUCCAUUCUAGACUUGCAUAAUGUGAUUGAUUUUUGUCAGGCUUUUGAUGCUAAUUUAAGGAAUAAGCACUAUCUUACUGAGUUAGAAUUGGAAUGGAGCAGAAGCGUUGGUGAUCUUCGAAAUAAAGAACAUGAAACGCAAGUUCUCAAGUUGCUGCAACCUCAUACAAGUCUUAAAGAGCUUAAAAUUUCCUUUUAUGGUGGUACAAAAUUCCCUUCUUGGAUAGGUGAUCCAUCAUUUGCUAAAAUAGUGCACCUAAAACUCUGUUGCUGUAGAAAUUGUACGUCAUUGCCACCCCUUGGUAGACUACCAUUACUUAGGAAUUUACAUGUAGAGGGCAUGGAUGCUGUGAAGACAGUGGGUCAUGAGUUUUAUGGGGAUGGCUCUCCUGCAAAACUUUUUCCAUCUUUGGAGACUUUGAAAUUUGAGAAUAUGAAGGAAUGGGAAAAGUGGUUGCCUUCUACUGGAGUUGACAAAGGAGCUGGAGAUAUAUUUCCUCGUCUCCAUAAGCUCUAUUUGUUAAAUUGUCCCAAGUUGGUUGGAAAAUUACACUGCUGCCUUCCUUCCCUUGUGAAGCUCACAAUAUGCAAAUGCCCAAUACUGGAAGAUUCACUAAUAAGCCUUCCGUCCCUUCAGGAGCUGCAUUUAGAAGAAUGCAGUAAGGUAGUAUUCAGGAACAUGGUUGACAGCACCUCCAUAACGUCAUUGAGGAUCCAGAACAUGUCAGAUCUCACAAAUAUGCAGGACUUGUUUAUAAGGUCUCUGACUCUGAGAGCACCUAAAGUUCUGGUGAUUUCAAAUUGCACGAAGUUAAUGAAUUUUGGCACUGAGGGAAUUGGAUUAGAAAAGGUUAUGGGUCUUGAACGGUUGGUAAUUGAGGACUGUCCCCAAUUUGUGUCAUUGGCAGAGAAAGAUCAGGCAAUGUGUCCUCGUCUUGAUAAUUUGGAAUUUCUAGGCUGCAAUAGUGAAGAGCGAUUGUCAAACAGUCUGGGCAGUGUCAUGCCCUUCAGGGAUUCACGUUGGGAAUCAUGCAUAAAAGAUGCGUCUGCCGCUCCACAAUCAAGACUUUGGUCCACACUCAGACAGCUUGUGCUUAGGAAUUGCCGUGCUCUAGAGUCUCUGCCCCGUGAUAUAAUGAUGUUUAGCUGCCAAAGUAACAAGUGUCUUCUGGAAGACUUGGAGAUCGAAGACUGUCCUUUGCUCGAAUACUUUCCAAGAGGCAGGCUACCUACUACAUUGAAAAUGCUAAAAAUUCGGUACUGUACGAAUCUAAAGUGUCUACCUGAGGGAUUGAUGCACAAUGAUAAUAGCCCUAAUGACUUGUCCCAUCUAGAGCAGUUGGAGAUCGUUGGCUGUCCAUCUCUAGCAUCUUUUCCAGCAGGCAAAUUAGGCAUUCAACUUAAGCAACUUAAGAUUUGGGAUUGCAUGCAAUUGGAGUCGCUUUCAGGAAGAAUGAUGCAUGAAAGUACCUCUCUUGAAUAUGUUAGUAUCUGCAAUUGUAAAUUUAUAACAAUCCUCCCUGAGAGUCCUCACAGCCUUAUAAAUCUCACUGAUUUAAAUAUAAGCAAUUGUUCUAGCCUAGUGUCCUUUCCAGAAACGACCUUGUUCCUUCCCAAUCUAAGAACAUUGAGUAUCUAUGAUUGUGUCAAUCUCAAGUCUUUACCUACUUGGAUGCGAGACAUCACAUCUCUUCAGGAGCUUACAAUUUCUGGCUGUCCAGGUGCUACGUCAUUUCUAAGAGGUGAUUUUCCCCCAAACUUAAUAUCCCUUGAGUUGUGGGAUUGUGAAAAUUUUGAUGGCCCUACAUCAGAGUGGAACUUGCACAGUUUAUCUCGACUUAGAGAUUUUAGCAUUUCUGGUGGAUGUUUAUCAAGUGCAGUUUGCUUUCCUGAUGACAAAUGUGUGCUCCCUCCCUCUCUCAUUUCUGUUUGGAUUGGUAGACUUCCAUGUCUAGAAUCCCUAUCCAUGCAGCUCCAAAGUCUUACCUCUCUAGAAGAGCUAGAGAUUGUUGCUUGUCCGAAACUUUGGUCCUUACCGAAGGAAGGCCUAACUGCCACACUUGGAAGAUUCAGUAUCAGGGACUGCCCACUUCUGAAGAAACGAUGCAAUAAGGAGAAAGGUGUACUAUGGCCUAUGAUAGCUCACAUCCCAUGCGUGGAGAUGGACGGUGAAGACGUGAUGAACUGAUAUCUACAGAUGAGGUUAUGUAUCCUGGCAAAGAAGCUGGUUCUUAUUUCACUUAGGGAUCUGGAUGGAGACAUGCUAAAUCCGGGGAUGAACUUCAGAAAGGAUCGUCCUCUGCCUGCACAAAACUAUAGAGGCCAUCAAGCCAUUCCUUGCAAUGAAACAGCUGUGCAUAUCUUCUCCUUGGAAAGCUUCCCCAUUCUGUCGAGUUUCAUUAGAAAAAUCCCAAUCUAGAUUUGCAGUAAUUGUUGUUUCUGGACCAUCUGCAUUCAUGGCGAUAAAUUCUGCAACUCUCAGAAUUGAGAAAGAAGCUGCAACUUAAUCUGUCAUUUCUCUUCUUGAAUCAACAUGCUUAAAGGUCAGUGGAAUGAACUAAUACAGAACUUUUAGCAGAAAACAUGUAUAUAUGACUUUUCCCUUUUCAUUUGCAUCAGUGAUGUUUAUAUUUCCACAAUUUUUUUUUUAUAAAAAAAAAAUUUCUUUUGAAUGUAAUAAUGAGGAAAUGAGAGAAAUACCUUUGUGCUGUA